AGGCGCAGAAAAACUCGCCGUCUUUCUCUGAACCGGCCCUAACGUGCACGCGCAUGGAGGGGAGAGCGAGCCCUUCGCGAGAGCCCAGAGUCCGAGCAGUGGCUGACGUGCUGUGCCGCGGCCCGGUGGAGCCGCUCAUCUUCUUUGCCAACUUUGCCUUGGUCCUGCAGGGCCCGGUCACCACGCAGUACCUGUGGUACCGCUUCAGCGCCGACCUCGGCUACAAUGGCACCCACGACCGCGGUGGUUGCAGCAACCACACCGUGAACCCCACCGUGCAGGAAGUGGAGACCCUUACCUCUCACUGGACCCUCUAUAUGAACUUGGGCGGCCUCCUGGUGGGACUCUUCUCAUCCACCCUGCUGGGUGCUUGGAGUGACUGUGUGGGCCGUCGCCGGCUGCUGGUACUGGCCUCGUUUGGCCUGUUGCUCCAGGCUCUGGUGUCCAUCUUUGUGGUGCAGCUGCAGCUACAUGUUGGCUACUUCGUGCUGGGCCGCAUUCUUUGUGCCCUAUUUGGUGACUUCAGUGGCCUCUUGGCUGCUGGCUUUGCUUCUGUGGCAGAUGUCAGCUCCAGUCACAGCCGAACCAUCCGAAUGGCACUGCUGGAAGCAUGCAUCGGGGUGGCAGGGAUGCUGGCGAGCCUCCUUGGGGGCCACUGGCUCCAGGCCCAGGGUUAUGCCAACCCCUUCUGGCUGGCCUUGGCCUUGCUGAUAGUCAUGACUCUCUACGCUGCUUUUUGCUUUGGUGAAACGAUGAAGGAGCCAACACCUGCCCGGCUCUUCACACUCCGUCACCACCGAUCCAUUGUCCAGCUCUACUUGGCCUCAGCCCCGGAGAAGUCCAGGAAGCAUUUAGCCCUGUACUCACUGGUCAUCUUUGUGGUGGUCACUGUGCACUUUGGGGCGGAAGACAUCCUGACCAUUUAUGAGCUGAGCAAACCCCUCUGCUGGGACUCCAAGCUGAUCGGCUAUGGUUCUGCGGCUAGGCACCUCCAGUACCUCAGCAGCCUGCUGGGCCUGCGGCUUCUGCAAUCCUGCCUGGCCGACACCUGGGUGGCGGAGAUUGGCUUGGCCUUUAACAUCCUGGGGAUGGUGGUCUUUGCGUUUGCUACCACCACACCCCUUAUGUUCACAGGGUAUGGGCUCCUCUUCCUGUCGUUAGUCAUCACACCCAUAGUCCGGGCCAAGCUCUCCAAGCUGGUGAGCAAGUCAGAGCAGGGUGCUCUGUUUUCUGCUGUGGCCUGUAUGAAUAGCUUGGCCAUGCUGACAGCCUCCAGCAUCUUCAACUCGCUCUACCCAGCCACCCUGAACUUCAUGAAGGGAUUCCCCUUCCUCCUGGGAGCUGGCCUUCUCUUCAUCCCAGCCAUUCUGAUUGGGAUGCUGGAAAGGACUCAUCCUCAUCCUGAAUUCCAGUAGUUUCCCUAGAGCCCCUGACCUGCCUGGACCAGAGGACAAAAGCCAAGAAGAGCGAAGUGAGCACUAACCAACUGGAAGUAUGCAUCUGGGAUCCCACCUACAGCAGCACCAGCAGCUCCCCUCAAAGGCGGUAUUCAAAAAAAAAGAGGCAGUGUUUACCCUGGAUUAGGUGGUCAGGCUGUACCAAGGCACCCCCCCACCCCUACCACCCAUAACUGUGCCAGCCUAUGACUUGAGAAUCUAGAAUUGUAACCCAGACAGUCUGACUCCAGGGGAGGCAGUGGGGGAGCCAUUUGGAACAGGAGUCUGUUUACCCUUUAUGCCAGGGUAGAGGAGAGGUCCUGAUGGAGGUGACGCCCUGGGGACCAGUGGAAGCAUGAGGGCUGGCAUUUCUGCUUCCAGCCAAAAUUGCCCAGCUCACAGUGUGCACUUCACGGUGUGCAGCUAGCUACCAGUCACUCCUUUGUGAUGAAUACUUUGAGGGGAGAAAAGGUUGUGGGAGUGGGGGGAGAGUGCUUCUGACUUGGUGGAAUCAGCCCCCUGCACUUAGCAGUGCCAAUCAUAAUAAAUAAAGCAGUAUAAACACACCGAAAAGAA